AUGCCUCCACGGAUAAAGACGAACCGUAUUCUCUCAUCCUCCAUUCUUCCUUCCUCCUCUUCCACACUCAUCACAUCACACAAUACAUCACAGAUACAAUGCUCUGCACGGAGACAUCUCUCAUCAUCGCGCGUCGCACAGACGCGGCUGAGGGAGCAAAUGUUCGACUGGUUGAAUGGACCAGGUGCAAGUCUCAAACACCACAUCCCCGGAUCCACCAAUUACGUGACGGCAUUACGAAAUCGCAGAGGUGGUGACUCAGAAGCAUCAAGCACGAGAGAUAAUGCAGACUCCGAGGACGGUUAUCAAUCAAAACAGCCUUUCCCUCUGAAUCCUCUCUUUGUUUCUGAGCCUAUUCUUAGUGAUGAGCUCUCCAAUGAGAUUUAUAAACGUGUUGUUGUCCAGGGGAAGAGUGUUCGAAGUGUUAGUGUUGAGUUGCGAGUGGAUAUGAGGCGAGUAGGAGCUGUGGUGAGGUUGAAGGAGUUGGAGAAACGGAUGAAAAAUGAGGGAAAGUCAAUGGCAGUCCCAUAUGCUCGGGCUGUCCAUGAGAUGGUGCCUACCACUCCGUUGGCUGAACAGGGCGAGUCCCAACCGACGCACGAGUCUAUUAAUGACCUGCCGGUUCAUCGCUUGACAGCACCACAAAUAUUCUAUCCUGUCUCUGAGUCACGCCAGUUUACGCGUGUUGACGCAGGACGUGUCUUCUCGGCGGCCCCGGCUCUGGAACAGGGCGAAGAGGCGACGGUCAAUGUUGAAUCGUUGAUCGUACCGCAACCGAGACGCUAUGAGAAAGUCGGCAAGGGUGAUGAGGAACAACAAGUUCUCCUCCCUGCGGAUGCCCGUAUACCGCAUCCGCAGUUGAUUGCGCUUGAGCGGGACAAGAUCUCGCACUCAAUGGAGCGUCGUGAAUAUCUGGAACGAUAUCAGGAACGCCUCAAACAGUCUGAUGAAUUAGAAAAGGAGCGGAAGAGAAUUGCAAAGGAAAAGGCCGAGAAACAGUUGACUCGACUUCAGCCGGACAACUCCAGGUUUGAGUUCCGCUUCAAGGAUGUUGUGGUCAGCAAGGAGACGACCGGUCCAGAUGGUCGUGGCCAUGUUGCUCCUGGUCGACGAUAUGGUGUGCCCACGUAUGAUAGGAAGAAGGGACAGGUCAAGAUUCCGCAGAAAGUGGAGGUUUGA